ACAGGGACUUUUUGGCGGGAAGUCGAAAAAAGCGGGCGAUUUAAUUUUCCCAGAUUUUCUCAAAUUGAUUUCUUUGUAUAUAUUAACUUAAAUUUGGUGUAAAUAGUAAAUUUGUGUACAUAGAACAUUGUGUAAAUAAAAAUGGGUGAAAACACCGGCGGGGGCCAGCCCCCCGGUGAUAAAGAACCAAAAGAAAGAAAGAAACGAAAGUUGGCGGCUUCGGACGUUACCGCAAAUUAUAAAAUGUUUGUUAAGCCAAAUUACAAGCGACAAUUCCCAGACAAUCACAGCGCUGAGUGCGUCGUGUACGUAGAAUCGCAGGAAAACGACAAGUUGGGCAAUAGGAAUCCCAUUGCUCUGACAAAACUAUUCACGGACAAUGUUAAAGGAAUAGUCGGCGUGCAUCGAGUGAACGCGCAUAAAGUAGGCGUCACUUUUAAGAAACCUGCACCGGCCAAUAACUUUCUCAAAAUGGACAAUUUUUUGGGCAAAAAUAAGUUGAAAGCUUUUGUACCAGCACACCUUACAGAGACAACAGGCGUGAUACGUUACGUGCCUAAGGAGAUGACUAAUGAAGAGAUAUAUAAAAACAUUACCUGUGACACGGAGGUGAUCUCGGUUAAGAGAUUUAUGAGAAAAGUGGACGGCAAAUUGGUCCCCUUAGGUACGAUUGCCGUUACUUUUGCGGCUACGACAUUACCCCAAUAUGCAUACAUGCAAAUGUACAGAUACCCGAUUCACAUGUAUAUACCACCACUGCUGCAAUGCUACAAAUGCUUAAAAUUCAACCACUCAGCAAGAGUUUGUCGAGGCGAACAAAUGUGUUCAGCUUGUUCUGGACAGCAUUCAUAUAAAGAUUGUGAUGUAGAUGAACUCACUUGCAUUAAUUGCAAAGGCAAUCACUUGGCGAUCUCCAGAGACUGCCCUGUGAAACAAAAGAAAAUUGAAGAAAAGAAAGCUAAAUAUGAAAACCUCAGCCGUAGUUUUGCCACUGUGGUGAGUAAUACUGUACCAUCAGCCCCUGUACCUAUUACAAAUCCAAAAGUAUUUCCAACCAUAACCAAACCAAAUAAUAAUGUAGGCGUAAGCCAAACUUCCCUGAAUAUUGAGCAACUACUGAAUGACGAGACUAUCAUUAAUGCUUUAAUCAAAUCUUUGGUUAUGCUGGGAAAUGACAGGAGUGAUACUCCAAUUAAUAAUAAAAGAAUUAAAGAAAUACUCAAAACAAAUUUAUUAAACUAAAUCAUGGACACUUUUUUGCAUCUAGCACAGUUUAACAUUCAAAGUUUGUUACAUAAGAAAGCCCUAUUAAAUACAUUUCUUGCAGAGCAACAGAUAGACAUUUGUUUAUUAAAUGAAACAUGGCUCAAAAGUACAAGUACAAUUCCUAACUUUGCCCCGUACAACUUUAUACAUAAAAUUUCAAAAAAUGCCAAAAAUGGAGUAGGUAUACUUAUUAAACAAAACUUACAAUAUAAUAUCAUAAACACAACUUUUUAUGAAUCGAUUCAGAAUAUCUGUGUAGCUAUUGAAACAUCAGUUGGUAAAUUAUACAUUCUUUGUGUUUAUUGUCCACCCAAUGGUAGCAGGUUUGAUGUUCGUAAAAUGAAAAAGCUUUUGCUUGAAACCCCCAAGCCAUGUCUAAUCAUGGGUGAUUUUAACGCUCAUCACAUAUUAUUUGGC